GUUGCUCGGUCACGUGGAUGUUCUUCCCUCGCCAGUCAGCUGUUGGCUGCCGAUUCAGCUGGACCGUUGUUCGUGGAUGUUCCGAGCCUGAAGUUGACGUUCCAAAUAACGAAAAAAAAAGGACUGUGUAUAACGAAAGAGGAAUUUUUGUGAAUUAAAACACAAGGAACAUAAAAUUGAAAUGUCAAAUCUGAUGAUGUUGACUUGAAGUGUGAAGAGAGAAAUAAUAAUAAUAAUAAAAAACCCGUGAAACUUUAUCACAGAGAGUGAAGCAGUGAAAACGCUGAUUUCAUAGAGCACGCGCUUGGAGUUGGAAAAACGAGAAAUUAUGCCUGUCAUCAUUGCAUAUUGCGUGAGUCGUUUACUGCGGUGAAGAUGUGUUUCACGAGAGCAGUGAUUUGGCACCGAAACUGAUCAGUCACAUUUAUGUAAUCCGAUUACGAGUUAUGCAUGCAGUGAAGGCCGCUGGUGAGUUGCCGAAAAUUCCGAACAGUGAUUCAUAGAUGGUGAUAGUGAGCUAUAUACUCCUAUAUAGACCGUUUAAUUUGGACAGACUGGAAUGCCCUGAAAGCAUGUUGCCUUUAACUUGAAGAAGUGAGUUCAGAAGAAAAUUGUAUCUCCGAGAGCUGCCUCCCUCCAUCUUGAUCUGAAAACAUGACCAGAGGAAAGUGAAAGACCGAACCCCGAUCUCGAGAGACUCCCGCCUGAAUCAUGUCGACGCCUCCCCCCCGAAGGCGUCGCAUCAGCUCGCUAGUGACCGUCCGGCGGGCACAGAGCGAGCGUCGCUACCUCAGCCCAUGGCAGCAGAGUAGCGCCCACGCGACCUGCUCCCGGUUCUGGCAGCCUAUCCUCUAUCCCAGUCCUUCGGCAGGUCACCUCUCCGCCUUCCCUCCGCUCCUAAGUCCCAAAGGAUGGCAUCGAAUUGACCACAGGCUCGAACACCACCACCACGCGCCCAGGACGGCUUUGAUUCCUCCAGCGCCUCCGAGAUCCCACCAACCGCACAUGAUCGGGAGAUCUCAACUGGUUCUAAAUGGUGAUCUCUGGGGAAGUGUCAAACACCGGUCGCGAGUGCCAUUGAUGCCCCACGCCCAGCUGCCGCCUCUGGCUCUGGGAUCACCCCCUCCCCUCAUGGCUGUUCCCCCGAUGGUCGUGCCUCCCGGAAACCUGCAGGAGAAGCUGGCGCAGGACAGGUUAACGGCCUUUUUGUCCGGGGACUCCACGUCGACUUACAAGCCGAGAUCCAUCUUAUCCUGUCCAGAAUCUCCACUUUACGAGUCGUUGGUAUCUACUUUCUCCACAAUGGAGGAUGAUGUCAACCUAGAUCACGAGUACCAGCAAAUACCCGCCCUGGUGAACCCCCAAGGUCGCAAACCACCCAACAGCCAAAACUCUGGCGGCAACGCGGUGACAAAUGCGCUCCCGCUAACCAGAAUUCUAAGCGACAGCGCCCAAGAGUACCAAACGGUCAGUGAAGCCAGGAUCACGACGUUGGACGUCAGGCCGGAGAAAAACGCCGGCAGGGACAAGGACCCAGAAACGGCGCCCGAAUCUCAGAUCUGCAGCUGUCAGUCUAACAAGUCGACCGACUCGGGGAAAGCCGGUUCGUCGUCCCCAUCGAAGAAGAUCGACAGCUCUUCGCAGACCGUCUCCCCUUCCAGCGAGUUCCACAGAAGUACCGUUUACCUUAGCGAUGAGAAGGGGGGUUCCUCUUCGACUGAGACGAUCUCGAGUCUGAGCGACUCUGAUACCUAUCAGGAUAUAGACAGGCCUCCGACGGUUAUUUUCCUCCCUAGUGCUGCCAAAGACUCUGCGGGACGUGCUCACUCGGUCAAUAAGAACGAGGAGAGCAGGCCCCCCAGUGGUUCGGAAGUCAGGCCAAGUCAAAGCUUCUCCAGUCAAGACAAGCGAGUCGUUAGUCCUAGGUCUAAGUCUAACAUCUCCUCCUCCACAACCAAUCUCAAGUCUAGCCAUUCAAUCAGGUCCAGCAGCAACAACGACCCAAGCAGGACGCAGAGAAAGUCUUACAGCAAGUCGCCAGAGACGACGUACCUGCCUCUGACCAUCGAACUCCCGGAGACCAUAGAAAACCCGAGGAAACCAGACCAGAACACCAAAAGACACCAAAACUCUUCCCCCGGACCGCACAUCAUCACCACACUGGACCCGCCCAUCAGGAACAAAACUUUCCUGGACUGGUCAUCCGAGCCGGGUGACAUCCCUCCCUUGGUGGUAAACUUCGACUCUGAGAGUGAGGAUGACCUCGCCAACGAGGCUGACCUCUCAUCCGCAACCACCAUGGAUGACAACAGCACCUCGCUUUACAUGACUGAGGGCGAUACGACCUCUUUGUAUUCUUCUAUAGCCGAGCUUUAUUCGGUCAUACCAGGCGACGCGGAUUCCCUUGUUUAUGUGUACAAGGCGGUGCCCAGUAAGCCUUUCAACGGAGUCAUUCGGCAUCCCUCGUCUGUAGGAUACAGGAUACCCUAUAUGACCCGCAACAGAAGCGACGACUGCGACAGCUCCUGCAGCAGCUGCGGCUCCGACUCCUCUUCGUGGAGCGAGACGAUCUCCUUCGUCGAACCGACCUACCGCCCGACGAACCUCUCCGUCGGCUCCCGGGGCCACCUGAAGAUCGACUACUCGUGGUCGUGGGACCACCUCGACAACUUCGUCCGGACGACUAGUCCUCGGAGCCCGGGGUCCUCCUCCGAGGGCAGAACGGGUAGUCCUCGGAGGUCGGUUUACAGCAACCACAGCUCCCAGGGUAGACCGCAGGAGGAGAGGAAGGCGUCCCAGCGGCCUCCUCUCCCUCCUCCCCCUACUCCUGGUAAGCCAGCAGCGUCUGGGACCACGCCCUUUGGCGUGACGAAUGCAGGAGGAGGAGUAGUGUCGCCUUGGGAGAAAUAUUCAGAUCCCGUGGCUGGUUAGGAGUUGUUCCUCAAUUCCUUCGCUUUCAGGAAGGAAAGAAAGAUAAUUCUGUGUAUAACUGUGUAUUUCGUGGGACAAAUAUAUAUUUUGUUCAUCCGCGUGCCAAUGACGAAUUGGUAUAUUAAACCUAAACAAAAUUCAGUAUCAAACUCAGAAUUAAACAAAAAGAAAAAUAUUUGUAUUUGUAUAAACCUGUUGAUUCCGUGGGACAAAGGAUUUUUUUUUUGUUCAUCCGCGUGCCAGUGACGAAUUGGUAUAUUAAACCUAAAAAAAUUCCCUUAUCAAACUCUGUAUCAAAAAAAAAAAAAAAAAGUAUUUGUAUUUGUAUCAACCUGUUCUUUCCGUGGGACAAAGCUUUUAUUUUUUUUUUAUUUUUUUUUAUUAUCCGCGUGCCAAUGAUGAAUUGGUAUAUUACGAGAAUUCGCAUAAACCUCAAAAAAACGAGUCAGUAGUGAACUUAAAAUUGCAAUCAAUCUGACAUUCACGUUUUAGUAAUCUCUUAACCUAAAUGUUUUUGUUAUCACGUGAGGGCAAUUGAAAUUCCUUUCACUAGUUAGCGGCGCUUACGUAGACCAAAAAUGCCCUGCUGAGCGGAAUUCUUCGAGUCGUGAUUGACAAUAAAGAUGAAAUUUGUUAUAAAAUGUAAAUUGUUCGGUUUUGUGGUAGAUUUUUUACUAUUUACUAUUUUUACAUUUUCUAAAGCUCUCAAAUCAGACUACACACAUUGUUAUAUAAAGCUCGCAAUCUAAGACGACCCGAUAAAGCUGCAUUUUUGUUUGUUCGUUUGUGUGAUGUUUUUACGUUGCAGGGAACCAGUGGUUAUUCAGCAACGGGGAUGAAGCUGUAAAAAUUACGUAUGCUAUUUUAUCUUUGCAUAAUUACUAAUUUCUCUAAGCUUUACUUAACUGUUUCAUUUCACUUCUAAUGAACAAAUAACGCUCUCCAUCGAAUACGCUGUUGUCGAAUUUGAUAAAUUAAAGGAAAUAACAUUCCCACGUUAAACUUCUGACUGAAUUUAACCAUUUUCAUAAACAGCAUCGUGUUACUUUAAUUGCACACACAACUCGUGAUGGCGAAUUUCAUUACCCAGAUAAUUACGUAACCGUGAAAUGACUUAGAAGAGAAUUGUUUGCAGAUUGAGGUUCUUUUAUUCAUGAUGUUCUCAACGAGACUUUUCAAAUAAAGAUGCCUUUGUACGAUGAAGUAACUGUUUGUGGGACUCCAGCAAGAGAGAGAGAGAGAGAGAGAGAGAGAGAGAUUGGUAAACAAAGCAGACAGUUAGAUAAAUAGUCUUUAUGUCGGAUCUACUUCAUACGAGAGAGAGAGAGAGAGA